UUUGAUAAGGAUGGUGGAUUGGACAUGGAGUCAUCACCAGCCACUGAAAAUACUGAAGACACAGCAAUUUGGUACAGGGGCGAAAAUUUGAUGAAGCUAAAGGUUUGUGAAGAUGAGCCAUACAAAUACGCGUUGAAAUUGCUGAGUAAAUUUUUCACCCCAGAAGAACUCCAGGAUGGGAUUUUAUUCAAAUCCCGAAGGUCAAUUAAGCAACCCCUGGAUCCUGCAAAAGUGGAAAUAGUUUUCGCCGUUCUUAACCGGAAGUAUGGAAGGAAACGGGUGGAAGAAUCGCACACUUUAAUUGUAAAAGUGUGCAAUCAGAAAUGCCGCAACAUAAGACGGGUGAUGAAAAGACUAGCCAAAGUUUAAAAA